AUGACACUAAAUUUUCCAUAUAUAGGGAAUUGUGACCCUGUUCAAAUACAUUUAUUACCUGGAAGGUACUUAUUCGAAGCUUGGGGUGCCGCGGGUGGAACAGAAAACGAAAGUUUUGUUGGUAAAGGCGGGUAUACUUCCGGCGUAAUUAAACUUACAAAACAAACUCGAUUCUAUGCAAUUAUUGGUAGUCAAGGCCAACCACCCGUCAGAGCCAUGAUUAGUCCUUCAGGGGGCUGCGGCGGUGGCGGGAAAGGCGGAAUGCCAUACAGUUCCACAUACUUUUCUGGCGCCGGCGGUGGAGGUGCGACAAUAAUAUAUUAUGACACUGAAAAUUUAGCCUCUAGAAUAAUGGUAAGUGGUGGGGGAGGUGGUGGAUCUAGUAACAGAUGUUUUUUAAUACCUGGCUAUGGUGGUGGUGUUGUAGCUGGAAAUGGGUCAAACUUAAUCAGUUUGAUUUCUACCGGCGGUUCUCAGAAUUUUGGCACUGAAAGUGGAGUGGGCCAAAAUGGCAAAAAUUCUGGAGGUGAUCGAUAUUGUGGUGCAGAAGGAAACCCUGGUUGUAGUGGGGGAUAUAGAGGUGGCAUGACAACAACAGGAAUAGGAGAUUUCAGUGAUGUCUCUGGAAGCGGUGGAAGCUCCUACGUUUCAGGUGAUCCACAAUGUGAACCGAAUUCAAUGGCUUCGUUCUUCAAUACUAAAAUAUUAGCAGGAAACGAAUAUUUUGAUUUACCCAAUGGAACAAAGUCAUUAGGAAAUCCACAUCAUGGACAUCUUCGAAUUACUCAUUUAAUUCCUAAGCCAUCAUGUCAAAAUAUAUUAUAUUCUACCAAAUACUCAUUCUUCUUCAUUUUCAUAUUUAUAAUUGACUCGUAA